AUGGGAUGCGGAAACAGUAAAAGCAAUGGCAAGAAGGACAGCUCCUCCUUCAAUAGGCUGCCUAGAGAUAUCAUGUAUGAGAUACUAACAAGAGUAGCUGCUGAAUCACUCGUUAGAUUCAAACUAGUUUGUAAAUUGUGGAAAACCAUCAUCUCUCAUCCCGAAUUUAUCAGUUCUCAUCUUCACAUAUGGCAAUCCAAGCCCUCAUUCAUCUUCACAGCCGCAGAUUUACAAUCCGAUCGCUUGCUUCUUUCGGAUUUUGAGGACCAAGACUCCACAGAUUUUCCUAUACGUAUUCCCAAAGGUUACCUCCAUAUUGAUGACUCUACUGAUGGUUUAUUACUUCUUGAAGGUUAUAUAUCUGGACAAACAAAGUUUUGUGUUCAUAAUCCUAUUACUGGCAGUCAAAAGUUGUUACCUCCAACUUUAAAUAACAGGGAGAUUCGGUGGGGCAAUUUUUUCAUAGUACAUGAUGCUUCAAUUCAAAAAUAUAAAGUGGUUCUUUUUAUUGGUAAUCCAUGUAUUAUUAUCCAUGACAAUAUCCACAUAAUUACUGUCGACAAUGAUGCUGAUAGGGGCAGCGUCGAAUGGAGGGAAUUGAUCAGUCCAUCCGCAUUUUGCCCGCAAGGGGGUUUCAAUCCCAUCAGUGUGAAUGGGAUAUUGCAUUGGUUAGCAUACACUUAUGAUAAUCCUUUACAAGUACCUUUUGUUCAAUCAAUGGACAUUGCUAGAGAGGAAUUUAGGCCAGGAAUAAGCUUGCCAUGUCAACCAAAAUCAGAUUCCUAUCGCCAACGGGUCAGACUGAUAAAUUGCAACUUGUUAGAGAUGAAGGGAUCCAUCUACUUCUCAAGUCCCGCCACGGAUAUGGAAUUAGAGUUAUGGAUGUUGGAGGAUCUGGCUAACCAUAUUUGGGUUAAGAAACAUACAAUAUGCCUUCUUUCCAUUGUUGGUAAGCCUCGUACUAUGUACAGUUUCUUAGUGGAAGAUUCAUUUUACCCAAUUCAAAUGAUGGGGAAUCAUGAAUUGAUGAUCAUUUGGCAUGAUAAAGAUAUAAAUCGCUGGAAAUUUUUUGAGGGAAAGGGCUGGUACUUGUACAACUUGAGGAGCCAGGAGUUGAAAGCCAUUGUGGGUAGGACUCCGGAAGUGAAAGAAUGUUAUUAUCGUUCUAGUAGGAAGAUUACUCAUGUCAAUAGUCUAGUUGGUUGGAAUUGA